AUGGGUAAAGUUCGCCAUGAUUCCGGAUCAGGCGAUGAUUUUGCAAUAGACAAUAACUUUCACAAAGGCCCUUGGACAUCAACUGAAGACCAACUUCUGAUAGCUUAUGUUGAUAAACAUGGUGAUGGUAACUGGAACGCUGUUCAAAAACACUCUGGCCUUUCUCGCUGUGGCAAAAGCUGCCGCCUUCGUUGGGUGAAUCACCUUAGGCCUGAUUUGAAGAAAGGCGCUUUUACCGACAAGGAAGAGCAGCGAGUAAUCGAACUUCAUGCUUCCAUGGGUAACAAAUGGGCUCGAAUGGCUACAGAACUACCUGGUCGCACUGAUAACGAGAUCAAGAAUUUCUGGAACACGCGAGUUAAGAGACUGCAGCGACUUGGCUUACCAAUUUACCCUGAUGAUGUUCGUGAGCAAGCCAUGAAUGCAGCAGCUCAAAAUGGUCAUAACACAGACUCAUUGGAUGGUGGUCAUCAUAGUCAAGAGUCUUUGGACCUAGACUGUCUCGAGAUCCCUGAAUUUGAUUUCAAGUACUUACAACUCAACAACUGUUCCUCCUUCUACCAGUCAAUGCUUAGCAGUAUUCCCACGGGUAACCAGAUGAGACAGAAUCCGUGCUUGUUUCAGUCUAAUGUGUACAACGUCAUAGGUUCCCCUUACAUGCCGCCUAACCGCAAACGCUUUAGGGAACCAGAAACCGCGUGUCCUUACUCGGGUGGUUAUGCUACCAACGACCAAAGUGCUCAGCUUUGGAACUAUCCAUUUGUCGAAAGCACUCCAGGACAGUUCUACGUUGCACCAGAUAGCCAUUUUCUUGGCAAUUCUACGUAUUCUUCUCCUUCUGAGCCUCUCAUUCACGAGGCUGAAAAGUUGGAGCUCCCUUCAUUCCAAUGUUUUGACACUCCUGUCGAUUGGGAAACACAACACUCUAACCCAAUGCAGACGAUUGAGUCAGACAAUACUUUAGUCCAGUUCCCUCUGACACCAUCCGAUUUUCCAUCUUCAUUCUGUGAUGGAUUGUUGGAAUCAGUUGUCUAUGGAUCAUCAGGGGAAAGGCAGACAGCAAAUACGGAUCUAGAUUCCCCGCUGCUUCAGUCCUCUCCUGUCGAGCUUACACCAGCCACUACAAACACAUCAGGACACAACUCCAAUACUGAACCCGAUUUGGUUCAUUUUGGUCCAGCGUCCUCAAAGGAGAGACGCACAUCCUUUGAGGGCGGUGAUUGGAUAAGUCAACUUCUUGGUGAGGAUAGGGAAUACACCCAGUAGAAGAGGAUUUUCGAUGGCAUGAUGCAUAAAGAGCUCUCUCUCUCACUUAUGAUCUCUGACUCACUCUGAGUAGAUUAGUCUGUCUUUACAUAUAUCAGUACUGUGGCUACAAAAAUAACGACCUAUUAGUUUUUAGUGGGUUUAAUAAGCAAGCAUUAUUGCUGCACGAGAUUAUGAUAAGGUUUCUAAAGAUUUUUGAUCAAACGGCUUGAUAAUCAUGCCAAACUAUUUUUGGAUCUCCCAAUAGAUUUUUUUUUUUUUUUUUCGUUUGAA